UCUACUUAACCCAUUAUGGUCAUAUUGUGCAGUGACGUAGAGUCGUAUGUUCGUCAACUUUGGAGAAAAUAUAUUCCUGAACGGUUUAUUUCGCAAAAUUAUAACAUUACGUUGAUUGUUAUCGCAGUAACGCAUUAAUGUAAGCUUGGAAAAAAGAAUAGUUGAGUGCCCAAAAUUGAAAAUUUUGCGAUUAAAGAAGCGCCUAUAAGCGUUACUAAUAUUAUUAUAUUAGCACGGUAUUAUUGCUAAACAAAAAAAGUAUCAAUUUCCUGUGGCAGUGCGAUUUGUUUGUUUUUGAUUUAUCCAUAUAUAUUUUCCGAGUCAAUUUGCGAUUGACUUUACAAGGAAUACCCGAGAGUAAGAUAUCUUUGUCUAAUUUGCGAACUGGCAUUGCGCACCCCAAAGGAGGGGAAACAAAAUCUUAUAUGACUUUUGAAAGAUACGGUGAAACACCAGCAAAAAAAACCGCACGUCUCAUUGAAAAAAAACGGAGUAAAGGGUUCGAGCUGUGCAUGAAUUCAAAAGGGCGAACCAUAAGUCACCGGACUUCGAGUAACAGACAUCGGAAAUUACAGCCAUUCAGGUACACAUGAGCCUGCUGCUUUGCCAUUUUUUAAAAGACUUAAACUGAAUAGCUGAAUAUUUACCAAGGCGGAAAUCAACCAAUACUUCAGCAAAAUAACAAAGCAAUAUACCGUUUUGCAAAACAACUACAAGAAUAAUAUUAUCAAGUAAUUCUAG